UUUCUCCACCUGCACAGACGCGCGUGUUUGAGGAGCUUUUGAAAAAAUAAACAAAGCGGCGCGAGGACCAAAAAAAAACAAAAACAAACAACGAAAACCGACAACAACAAACAACAACAAAACAGACCGAACAGAACCGGCCGAAGCUCAGAGUUCAGUUCCUCUGUUUCGGGUGUCAGUCUGAUUUAUGCGGGCGCAGGCGAGGCGCGCGCUAUGCAGGGCGCGAGCAAAGCCUGCAGCUUCACCAUCAGGAACAUCCUAGGAGGAGAAGAGGAGGAAGAGGAGGAGGAGGAAGAGGAGAGAGAGGAGAGAGGAGAGCACAGUGAGUGCCCCGCUGAGGGGCGCGGGGCAGCGCGAGAGACCCUCGCACGCACGCACAGGGAUUCCAUCCAACCUGGAGUAGAAGAAAAACAACGAAUGCCCCUGGGUACCAGCGAUCAGGAGGGUCCCUCCAUCAGCCCUGUGCCUAAACGCUCGGGCGCAGAGGCGGAAAGGUGCAGCCCAGCCAAAAAGAAAACGCGCACCGUCUUCUCCCGUAGCCAGGUGUUCCAGCUGGAGAGCGCAUUCGACGCCAAGCGCUACCUGAGCAGCUCUGAGCGAGCAUGCCUGGCGUCCAGCCUCCACCUGACCGAGACUCAGGUAAAAACGUGGUUUCAGAACCGCAGAAACAAAUGGAAGAGGCAGCUGACAGCCGAACUCGAGGCUUCAUCCUCAUCCUCCUCUUCUUCACGGACGCUGCUGGCUAUGCCCCUCAUGCCCCCCUUACCUGCAAACGUGUCUGCUCUCUAUUACCCAGGAUGCAGCAUCGCUGGCCUGCCUUUAUACAGCCUCUAUAAUAAACUAGACUACACAGCACCACUGCAUUGAGUUAUGAACAAAGUCACCUUUAUCAUUACAUAUAUAAGCCCUUAAUAACUUUGGUUUUCUCCUAUUGCUUUUAUUUUAGGCUUUCAUUAUAUAAGCAUCCAUAAUACUCAUGCAAUAUAGUCAUGCUAUAUAUUUUGGAUUUGUCCAUCUGUCUUGACUUAUAUCCUUUUGAAGCAUG